UUUAGGGGGCAGAAAUAGAUUUGGAAUGAGAAUAGAUGAUUGAAUUGAAUAAUAAAUAUAAUAAAAAAAAUUAAAUUGAAUUGAGUUCUUCUAAAAUAUUUGAUUCCAAAUAAAAAAAUAAAAAUUAAAAGUAGUCCAAACCAUCUGAAAAACUCUAUUGAUUGGUUAAUGUUGGAGAAUUAGGAAAGCAUAUAAGCAAAGAGGAGUUCUAAUAAAGAAACAGAGAAAUCCAAGAAAGCUUGCAGAAAUUUUUAUAGACACAGUAAGCUGUAGAGCAGUUUAAAAGAGAGAGUGAGCCGUAGAAACUAACAAAUCUCACUAAUUGUUUAUGAAUACGUACCAAUCUAUAGAUGGCUGCACAUGUUUGAUCUCUUCUAGUCCAUCGACACUAUCAAGCAAAGAAAGUUCAAAGCUCAAUCCAAAUCUGCCUCUCUCUAGCCGGCUAAAAACAGCCCAUAAAUAUACAAACCAUUUGAUACCCUUUUCUUCUCCUCCUCCCUGCAUAACCAUAAAUUCCCUGUAGCUUAUACUCCUUCACCGAAAAAGGAAAAAAAAAAACAACCAUGGACCUUCCUUCUAACCUGUUGCCCGACGAGGCUAGCCCUGAGUGGUUGAACAAAGGCGACAAUGCAUGGCAACUCACUGCAGCUACUCUGGUGGGCCUACAAAGCAUACCAGGCCUCGUAAUCCUAUACGGAAGCAUGGUAAAGAAGAAAUGGGCUAUAAACUCAGCAUUCAUGGCCUUCUAUGCCUUUGCAGCAGUUCUUGUAUGCUGGGUAGGGUGGGUUUACCGCAUGUCUUUUGGUGAAAAGCUUGCCUUCUUCCUUGGAAAACCUGGUGUUGCAUUGGACGAGAAGUUCUUGCUAGGGAAACCAUUUCUAGGUUACUUUCCCACAGCUACAAUGGUGUUUUUCCAGGGCGUGUUUGCUUGUAUAACGCUGAUAUUGAUCGGUGGUUCUCUUCUUGGGAGGAUGAAUUUUCGUGCCUGGGUAUUGUUCGUGCCAUUGUGGUUAACAUUCUCGUAUACAGUUUCAGCGUUUAGCAUAUGGUGCCCAGAUGGGUGGCUGGCCAAACUUGGGAUUAUUGAUUUUUCAGGAGGCUACGUUAUUCACCUCUCCGCUGGUGUUGCUGGCUUCACUGCUGCAUGUUGGGUGGGACCCCGAAGUGAGAAGGACAGAGAGAAGUUCCCACCCAACAACAUAAUUCUUAUGCUUGCAGGCGCAGGUCUGCUUUGGAUGGGGUGGAGCGGAUUCAACGGCGGCGGUCCCUUCGUCGCCAGCGUCGAUGCAUCUCUGGCCGUCCUUAACACCCACGUCUGUACAGCCACCAGCAUACUCACCUGGCUCCUUCUGGACACGCUUUUCUUCGGAAAGCCCUCUGUCAUUGGUGCCAUACAGGGCAUGAUCAGUGGUCUGGUUUGCAUCACUCCUGCUGCAGGAGUUGUACAGGGAUGGGCAGCGAUGAUAAUGGGGACAAUGUCAGGAAGCAUUCCUUGGUACACAAUGAUGGUUCUCCACAAGAAGGUUAAGUUCCUAAGCAAAGUUGACGAUCCCAUGGCCAUAUUCCACACCCACGCCAUUGCAGGCAGCCUAGGGGGAAUCCUGACUGGAUUUUUCGCUGUCCCAAAAUUAUGUCGCCUAUUCUACAUGGUAACCAAUUGGGAAAAAUACAUUGGCUUAGCAUAUGGACUCGAAAAUGGACGAACUAGUGCUGGAUUUAGACAAAUGGGAAUUCAAGUAGCAGGAAUUGUUUUUGUGACCUGCUUAAACGUAGUUUCCACUAGCUUAAUUUGUUGGUUUAUCGGAUUAAUAGUUCCUCUAAGGUUGUCUGAUGAUGAGUUGCAAGUAGGCGAUGAUGGUAUCCAUGGAGAGGAAGCUUUUGCUUUGUGGGGUGAUGGGGAGAGAUUUGAGAAUUACAAGCAUAAUUCGGUUUAUGACGCAGAAGAGCUAUCUUAUGUAAAUUCAAGGCCUAUGGUCGAUGAUCCUUAAGUUUCCGCUUAAUAUGAUUGAAAACAACAUUUUGCGUAGGAGCUACUGAUCAAACACAACCAUAUCCUGGAUCAGAGUAGAAAAAUAUCUCAGAGAUGGCUGAACACCCAAUAUCUCAACCAGCUAUGGUUCAUAAUUGAGUUUAAUUCAAUGUUUUAUAUUUUAAAAAUGUAUUAACAAAAUUCCCCACUUCAAUAAUUAUGGCAUUCCUUCUUUAGUUUCAUGAGUUACCAGAUUCAAAGAUUGGAAUGGGGAAAAGGAAAUUUCCAAAUUCUUCCAUUUCCUUUGCUUACUGGCUAAGGGAAGAUGAUGAUGAUGGAUGUUGAACUUUUUUGUAUUUUCAACGCGCCCAUUUUAGUGUAUUCCUAUAUUCUCUUCUUACCUUAAAUAUUUUAU